GCCUCGGUGGCAGGACGAUAAGGACGUCUACGGCACAAUGGCCGACGUUCCAUCGACCUCGUCAUCUACAAAGCAGCAAGAAGAGGUGCAAGCGCAUGGCACGCAGAAGCGAAAGAGGACGAGGGGGCCUCGAUCGUGCGUGGGCUGCCGAAAGGCGAAGCAGCGCUGCGACCUUCCGGAUGUGACAGCGGUUUUGGCGAGCGAGGCGCCGCAGCCGACCGAGCUGGCAUGCCAUCGAUGCAAGGUCCUCAAGCAGGCUUGCAUUGUUUCGGAGCCGCUGCCCGCUUCGUAUAGAAAACGAGGUGGCCCUAAAUCUUUGCGCGCCAAUGCUGUGCCUGCGAGCUUGCAACUUCAGCAGCAACAGCAGCAGCAAGAGCGGCAGCAUCACCACCUCAGAGAUCAUCCAGCGUCAAAGAGAGCACGGCACGCCAAAGGCACAGGACCGGGUCCCGUAGUAGCUGAGUCUGAUGAAGACGACGAAGUUGUCGUAGUGGCUUCCAUGGUCGAUGAGGAGGGCGACGUGGAGGAUGUGGAUGCGGAGGUGGAAGAAGGGGUGUUUGCUCGACGAGAACAUGUCUUUGAUCCCGACAUGAUGGAGGUCAACUGGAAUCGUAGACAUCAACGCACCCAUCCUCGUCUUACGGAUUCGAUCUCUGGGCGCCGCCCCGACUCGCCUCAGGGUCCAGAUGCAGAGGCCCUUCUCAACAGAAGCCGCAGCGGACCGAACUUCGGACCCCAAAGUGCAGCUAAGGAUGUGGCUGCCGGCAUGAGAGAGCCGAGAUGGCAGAAGGAAGAGGGAGACCAAGCAGGGUUUCUAGCCGAUGCCCCAGGGAGCUUUCCGGUGGAUGCCUUGGUCAGCUCGCGACCAUGGAUCGACUCUGUGCGCUCGUCUCUGCGUCCAUAUGAUUCCCUACGUAUGCUAUGCUAUCGUCAAGCGACGUUCCGCAGGCCACCUCCUCCAUCCGCAUGGAACCUAUUCACCCCAGAGCAAGCCUCAAGCUCGGAGCCCUCCUCCUUUUCCCGCUCAGCUCCCUUUCCCACAAAGUCUGUCGAACAGAUCCUCUGCGACUAUGGGCCACUACUCGACGUCAAUCGAAUGAACGAAGCGCUCGAGUCCUAUCGCUUGCACAUUCCGUUCGUGGAGUCGAUCCUCGCAGAAGAGAUCUAUGGCGGUGCAUCACCAGACAGUUCCAAAGCAAAACGUUCAAGAAACGGUAGACAUGUGCAGGGCAGCCAACCAAAAGGUGGUUUGUUUCUCGGCGUGCUCGUCUAUCUCGCGGCCAAGCGUCUCGGUGCUCAUCGUCUCGAGGCUGAGCUGCUCGCAGCCCUGCGUCAAGAGGCACUGGCCACCCUACUGAGAGGCCCAUCAGAACCCGGCGAGGCGGCGGCGCUGGCCUGCCUGGCCCUGUACGAGCCUCUGCUUUUGGCCAAGCAUGACGAAGAGUGGGACUAUACAGGAUGCGGAAAGACAUUCGAGGGCUCCUUCGACGGCGUCGGUCUCCUCGCAGCAGCAUCUACCGCCACUUCAAACAGCAUCGAUCUGGCUGACACGGCCAGGCAGCUGGGUGCUGGAGUACCGACAGAAUCAUCUAUUUGUCUUCUCAGAAAGGCGAGCUUGGCCGUGUCUCUCUCCUCGUACACGACGUUCGUCAGUCUCGCGGGCAACAUUCAACGAAGACCGUUUGUGGAAUGCCCUAUGGACAGCCUGCAGGCGAUUCAAGAAUAUUGCGCGAAUCCAGUCCCUCGUCCUUUCCCGCCUUCGAGCGCUACGCAACGAGAAAGAAAAGACAAAGAAGUUGACGACGAGGAGGAACGUGGCGAAAGCGGUAACGAGAAUGAAGAAGAGGGAUGCGAGGAAGAAAGGGACGCGAAUGCAGAGCAAGAGGAGCGUCUCUGGAUGCUCUGUUCGAUUCUGCGGUACCAGGCUGUGGCCGUGAUGCGGACCUUCUGCCAGGAGCAGAAUGCGAAGAUAGAGCGUUUGCCUCCAUCAGUGCUUGGGGAAGAGAUCCACAACAUUGUUGUGGAGAGCAUCGAUGGCCUCCAGGCGCGCAUCGAUGAUUUCAGUGCCCAGCUCCGCUCUCUCGCUCGGCUGAUUGAUCAGGUCUCACAAGAGCACUUGGACUACCAGCAAGAGCUCCAGCAGCUCAGGGAGCAAAUGUCAGGAAAACGAGGAAGAUCGUCCGCGUCGAGGGGUAAAGGGACAGGCGCGGAAAGUGAACGACCAUCGAGGGCUGGCAAGUCGAGAAAGGGCGUGCAGUCGCCGUGGCUAAUCCGCAUCGACUGGCUCGAAUUCGAAUUUGUGGCGCUGCACUUUGUCUGCCUCAGUCGGAUCACUGAGAGUACAAUCGUCCUCUAUGACAGCAAGAUCGGGCCUUGUAACUCGUCCAAGACGUUUUUGGGCCGUCUGUCUGGCCACACGGAUCUAUUUGAGACCUUGGUACUCCUUGGUGGCCAUCAUCGAACACUGCAAGCCGCCCAGGUUGCUGUCCGCAUCUCGAAUCUGGUCCUCCCUCGACUGGCCAAUGGCUCCUUUCGAGCCCUCACUCCGCCACCUGCCUUUGUGGCGGGCGUGACGCUGACAUCAAUUCAGGCUCUCGCCGAAGAAGUGGCCGCCGUCUCUCAAGACUCGACGUGGAACAAGCGUGCCGCUUCGGUUGCUCCAAAGGCUCAAUUCUCGGCUCUUGUGAUGCGCAACAUGGCACAGGCGCUCAAAGCUCUUGAUUCAAAGGCCCCGCCCUCUUCAUCGUCAACAAUGUUCCGAUGGCAUCACCGCCAACCCCGAAAUUCGACCAGUGAUCGACCCGUUGAGCAAGGAGGCGAUGACGAUGGCGAAGACGAAGAAGCGAGAGCACAGCGCGAAAAACAGGAGGAAGCACUGGCUACCUCUGUUCGUCGUCAUGCCAGUAUCUUGGCGACUUCAGCAGCCAUUUCGCAAAAGACAGGUGACGCCAUCUACGACUGGACCUCGGCAUCGCACGAGCUGAGGGGUGUAAAGGGAAAGCAGAGUCAUCCGCAGAAGCAGGGCGAGGUUCAUUUCCCAUCACAGCUCGGCGAGCAAUGGAAGGGGGUCACCCAGUGCGAACCUCCCAUGGCGUCUGAAGUCCCCUAUCAGACUUCGUACCAUAGUCAGUGGCGUUCGUAUGCGGACAAUGCCACUCGGAGAUCUUCUUCCAACGCUACACCGCAGCCUGGGCCGCCCCAACAGGCUCGCUAUGGCCGGGCUCCGACAAGUGGGGUUAUCGCCCCUCCUUUUUACGGGACCAACAUGGAGAAUCCGCAAAUGCCUCGUCAUUUCCCCCCUCGUCGACGGCAAGAAGGGCCAAAUCACCCGCAGCAGCAGCGAGACCCCUCGUCACCUUAUGCGCACGACGCGUCCUUCUUGAUCGAUUUUGUCGCUGCUCAGCAGCAGUCGAAUGGGCAGCCCAGCGGUGCAGGUCCUGUCGACCACACUCCGGCAAAUCCGCAUGAAACACAGCAGCAACGGCAGACACCUCUAUCCAACCCACCAGGCCCAGUACCAGGGGAUGGAAGCCAGGGACCGCAAGGUGGCCACGCUGGUGCCUUCUACAGAAAUGGCGCAGGCGACGACCUGAGUCAAUUUCCUGGCCCUUCUCUCGACGAAUUCGACAUGCUGUUGUACGAGAUUGCGUCGGUGCCGAUUGACAACUACUUCAUCCCUGGCGCCUGAUUGUCAAGCAACACACGAGAGCGACUUUCUCGCUCGUUCCUUUGUCGUGCUUUGUAACUUGUAACUUGUAACGUGUACAACUACAUCAAUAAUGUCAUUUCAAAUCGCUCAU